GGGACAGAGCAAAACUGAGGGGAGCCACCACAACAAAACAUCUCCAAUAAUCAGGCGGCAGACCGGGUUCUCUGCUUUCCUCCCCGCAUGGCUGCCUAGUUCCAGCAAAAAGAACUUCUACAGCAUAAAGUUGUGAGGAAGCAGACGGGGGUCCCCGCUUUGAAAGAUGGACCAUUUAAUAAGGAGCAGGUCGAGCAGGAGGAUAGAUCUGUUUCUUUUUAUCCUACUUCACGUGACUGCAACACAAGCUGCUGAUCCCAUUGAUGUACUGCGAGGGCUGGAGCUGUCAGAGAACAUGGAAGGGGUGUCACUGGAGGCUGGUCUUUGCAGCAGCAGGAGGGGCGUCGAGGAGACGGACUUGGCCUACAAGAUCAAAAAGAUUCAGCUCAGUGCUCCCACCAAGCAGCUCUUCUCUGAUUCAAAAUUUCCUGAGAAUUUCUCGCUGAUGACAACCAUACGAGCCAAAAAGGGCUCACAGUUCUUCCUGCUGUCGGUGUACGAUGACCAGGGCGUGCAGCAGCUGGGGCUCGAAGUGGGCCGGUCGCCUGUCUUCCUGUACGAAGACCAGCAUGGGCAGCCCAUCCCACCCUUGUACCCUAUCUUCAAGAGGAUAAACCUGGCUGAUGGAAAAUGGCACAGGAUAGCAUAUAGUGUGCAGGGCAAAACGGUGACCCUUUACUUGGACUGUCAGAGGGUAGAGACUCUGGAUCUGCUGCGAGGGGACAACGCUGUCGUCAGCACAGAAGGGGUCACGGUGUUCGGGACUCGGCUGCUGGAUGAAGAGGUGUUCGAGGGAGACAUCCAGCAGCUACUGUUCCUGGAGGACCCCCAGGCCGCUGCUAACUACUGCAUAAACUACAUACCAGACUGUGACGAAGCUUUGCCCUACAGCAGCCAACCUCUGGGUCUGCAGGAGAAUUCCCAGCUGCUUGGGUUUGAUACCUUGAUGCAAAGUGACGAGCCAGCUGAAACAAAGAAGGUCUCCAAAAAGGACAGAAAGGGCAAAAAGAAGAGAGACAAGGGCUCUAAAGGCAAACGCAAAGGAAAGGGCAAGAAGGGAUCCAGGAAGAAAAAACAUGAAGACAAUGGUCUUGAGGACGGCUACCUCAGAGUGUCCACGACGAUUCCGGAGUAUCAAUCGCAAGAACCUUUUCGGCCCACAGAAAGCCCAAACAUCAACAGCAACCUAGACACUCCCACUCCCACUGAAGUCUUCUCCAAGAUGCUUAUGGAGAUGACCACACAUGAACCCGACUUCACAACAGAGGCCCCCACUGUGGUACCUAGCACACUGCCUGUGUCAAAGGUUACCGAGGAGCAGGAGGAAACGCCAGUGAAGAAGCCAGUGGUGGAGGAGUAUGGAGAUGGCUUUUACGGAGACCUCUACGAGGACCUCUCGGUUUCCACAGUAACAGCGGGCCCGAAUGUGACUGAAUAUGAGAUGCUUGAAUAUGAAGAUUUCAAGAAUGACACAGAGCCAGAGUAUGAAGAGUACGAAACAUACGAGGACGGGUUCGGCUUUGCGGAGAGAGAGAGAGCUGAGACGUGGGAUGCGGAGGCUGCCCUCAGAGCAGAGAAAGGCCAAAAGGGAGAACCAGCGAUUAUUGAACCGGGUACAUUAGUGGAAGGACCCCCAGGCCCGCCAGGUCCACAGGGGCUCUCUGGCCCAGCAGGACCAACAGGACCUCCAGGACCCAGAGGAGAUCCCGGUGAUCUGGGUCCCCCUGGGCGUCCUGGUCUUGCUGGGGUUGAUGGGGUCCCAGGUCCUCCAGGAACCCUGUUGAUGCUACCAUUCCAGUAUGGAGGUGAUUCCCAGAAGGGGCCAGUGGUGUCUCCCCAGGAGGCGCAAGCACAGGCUAUCCUGCAACAGGCUCAGCUGUCACUCAAGGGACCUCCGGGUCCAAUGGGUUUGACAGGACGACCAGGCCCUCUGGGUCUUACAGGUCCUACCGGGCUCAAAGGAGACAGUGGAAACAACGGUCCCUCCGGGCCACGCGGGUUGCCGGGUCCUCCCGGAAUUAAUGGAAAGGCAGGCAAAAGGGGGCGUGCAGGAGCAGACGGAGGUCGUGGCGCUCCAGGUGAAACUGGCUCAAAGGGUGACAGGGGGUUUGACGGCCUGCCAGGUCUCCCAGGAAACAAGGGACACAGAGGGGACCGAGGAAGGCCCGGUCCUCAUGGGCCCGUCGGAGAGCAAGGAGAGAAGGGAUCCGACGGACCUGUGGGACCGAGGGGGCAACCAGGCGAACCUGGUUCUCGAGGUCUUGUUGGGCCAAGGGGGCCACCUGGCCCACCUGGCCAACCGGGAAUCAGCGGAAUUGAUGGGGUGCAGGGGUCAAAGGGCAACCUGGGUCCAUCUGGAGAGAUCGGGCCCCCGGGUCAACAGGGAAAUCCAGGAGAACAGGGCUUGCCUGGUCCUCAGGGGGCCAUCGGAUUGCCAGGAGAGAAGGGUCCCCAGGGGAAACAAGGCAUACACGGUCUACCAGGCAUUGAUGGCCCUCCCGGUCACCCAGGGAGAGAGGGUCCCCCCGGAGAAAAAGGCAUCCAAGGUUUGCCAGGUGCUCAGGGGCCUGUUGGGUACCCAGGGACUCGUGGAGUUAAGGGAGCAGACGGAGUUAGGGGUCUAAAGGGGAGCAAGGGGGAAAAGGGAGAAGACGGCUUUCCUGGGGCCAAGGGUGACAUGGGCCUCAAGGGAGACAGGGGUGACAAUGGAGUUCUUGGCCCUCGUGGAGAAGAUGGACCAGAAGGGCUAAAGGGUCAAGCGGGAGCGUUGGGAGAUUCAGGAGGUGCAGGCACAGCUGGCGAGAAGGGUAAACUUGGAGUGCCUGGUUUGCCAGGAUACCCAGGAAGACAAGGUCCUAAGGGAUCAGUCGGCUUCCCUGGUAUGGCUGGGGUCCUGGGAGAGAAAGGACGAAGGGGUCCAGCUGGUCAGCCAGGUCCUGGGGGGCAAAGAGGUCCUAACGGAGUCCGGGGAGGAAGAGGAGCAAAGGGGCCCACUGGAAAGCCUGGAGAUAAGGGUUCUGCCGGACAAGAUGGUCCACCAGGAUCCCCAGGAGACCAGGGUCCCCAAGGACCACAGGGAAGAAAUGGUGAACCAGGACCUAAAGGGCCCAAUGGUCCGCCCGGAAAAGAUGGAUUACCGGGCCAUCCAGGUCAGAGAGGAGAACCAGGUUUCCAAGGAAAAAAUGGACCACCCGGCCCCCCAGGUGUUGUUGGACCACAGGGUAAAUCAGGUGAGACAGGGCCAACUGGAGACAGAGGCCAUCCAGGUUCGCCAGGACCUCCAGGCGAACAUGGUUUACCAGGAGCUGCCGGAAAAGAGGGUGCCAAGGGAGAUCCAGGUCCACCAGGAAACUCAGGGAAGAAUGGCCCAAGUGGGCUCCAAGGCUUCAGAGGGAGCAGAGGGACCCCUGGUGCAAUGGGUCCUGCAGGUCUGAAGGGAGGAGAGGGUCUACUGGGAGUUGCAGGGCCUAUUGGUGCCACUGGAGAAAGAGGCCCUGCUGGACCUGCUGGUGCUAUCGGCCAACCAGGGCGACCCGGCGGCGCGGGUCCUGCUGGGCCAUCGGGAGAGAAAGGCGAGCCAGGAGAAAAGGGUCCCGUGGGACCAGCUGGGCAUGAUGGGGAACCAGGACCUGUAGGGCUGCCAGGAGCUGCAGGACCUCCUGGGCCUCCAGGGGAGGACGGAGACAAGGGAGAAACAGGAGGACCAGGCCAGAAGGGCAGCAAAGGAGAUAAAGGAGAAUCUGGACCUCCAGGGCCUGUUGGAAUUCAAGGACCUGUGGGUCAGCCGGGACUGACCGGUGCGGAUGGUGAACCAGGUCCACGUGGGCAGCAGGGCAUGAACGGGGCGAAAGGAGAUGAAGGACUGAGGGGCUUUAAGGGGGCAUCUGGACCUUCUGGAUUACAAGGAAUGCCAGGACCACCAGGGGAGAAAGGAGAGAGUGGGCAUGUCGGCUCAAUGGGACCUCCAGGACAGCAUGGCCCACGAGGCCCACAGGGGGCCAUUGGUGGAGAGGGUCCAUCUGGGAUGCCUGGUGGAGUUGGUCAGCCUGGACUUGUUGGGGAGAAGGGUGAAGACGGAGAGGCUGGAGACCCUGGCUCAGCUGGAGAGACAGGAAUUGUUGGUGCUAAAGGCGAUGUGGGGGAAAAGGGUGAUUCUGGUCCUCCUGGUGCAGCUGGGCCCGCUGGACCCAGAGGAACUCCAGGAGAAGAUGGACCCAAAGGCAACCUCGGUCCUAUUGGAUUUCCCGGAGAUUCAGGGCCUCCUGGAGAACCAGGUGUUAACGGAAUAGACGGUGGUCCGGGGCCUAAAGGAGACAAUGGAGAACCAGGCAAAGCAGGACCCCCAGGAGCCUCUGGGGAGCCUGGCCCUUCGGGACCUCCUGGACGUAGGGGUCAUGUUGGUGCAGCAGGAAAAGAAGGGAAACAAGGGAUGAAGGGAGCCAAAGGGACAAUGGGAACCCAGGGUCCAGUGGGGAAAACAGGCCCAGUGGGACCGCAAGGGCAGCCAGGAAGGUCUGGUCCUGAAGGGCUUCGAGGCAUUCCAGGCCCAGCGGGUGAACAAGGCUUAAAUGGACCCCCGGGACAGAAUGGACCACCAGGACCAAUAGGGCCACCUGGACUUCCUGGAUUAAAAGGAGACCCUGGAAACAAGGGAGAUAAAGGUCAUGGUGGCUUGAUUGGUCUAAUUGGCCCUCCAGGAGAGCCUGGUGAGAAGGGAGACAGAGGUCUACCAGGAAACCAGGGAUCGCAAGGACCCAAAGGAGAUGGGGGUGUGUCUGGACCACUUGGUCCCACUGGCCCACCUGGACCCCCUGGACUCGCGGGUCCAUCUGGGGAGAGGGGAUCCAAAGGAGACAUGGGGGCUGUUGGUCCCAGGGGAGAUCUUGGCCCUGCUGGCCCCCCAGGACCCCCGGGACCCCCUGCGACAAUGAUUGAGCCUCUGCCCAUAAGGGAGGGGAAGCGGAAAAGAAGAAGGCACUCAGAGCGGGCAAGAGGAGCAGCCCCAACCAGACAGGAGGAUAUAGAUUUGGACACAGAGGAGCUCCUCCAGGGAGAUCAGCCUUUGGAGGAUAUUGAGGGAAUGGAGGAAGUCUUUGCCACCCUCUCGUCUAUGAAAACCGAAGUGGAGCUCAUGAGGAGGCCCCUUGGAACUUUCGAGAGCCCUGCCCGAACCUGCAAAGAGCUCAUGAUGGUUCAGCCUCACUACAAAGAUGGAGACUACUGGAUAGAUCCUAACCAGGGCUGUAAUCGAGACUCCAUCAAGGUCUAUUGUAAUUUCACAGCUGAUGGAGAGACCUGUCUCUACCCUGACAAAAGGAUUGAGAUGGUAAAAUUAGCAGCAUGGAACAGAGAGAAACCAGGAAGCUGGUACAGCCAAUACAGGAAAGGCAAGCAGUUCUCCUACAAUGACAGGAACGGGAACCCUGUUCAUGUAGUCCAGCUGACCUUCCUAAAACUAUUAAGCGCCACAGCCAAGCAGAGCUUCACCUACACUUGCCAGAACUCAGCCGGCUGGUACGACAGGACGUCCCGUUCUUAUCAGCACGCCCUCCGCUUCCGGGGCAGCAAUGAUGAGGAGCUGACUCAAGCCAAAAGCUCUUUCAUCAAAGCUGUGCAUGAUGGAUGCCAGUUCCGCAAAGGUCAGGAACAGACUGUUUUAGAGAUUGACUCUCCCUCAGCGGAGCUGCUCCCUAUCAUAGAUGUGGCUCCAACAGACUUUGGCAACAACAACCAGAAGUACGGGUUCCAAGUUGGACAAGUUUGCUUCAAUGGUUAACAACAACGAAAAGCACAUAAGAGGACCUGCACAUCACGUUUUCAGUGAACACAACUGGACAUUAACCACUGCCCCAGCAAUAUUUAUUAUGUUAUGUUCCUAUAUGUGGUGGUUCUGUGGUAUUUUAUUUAAGACUUUUCAACAGCCACUAGAAAAAAAAGUUUCAUUGUCUCUCCAACAAUAAGAAGAAUGUUAAGAAACAGAAUAUGCAACGUUGGGAAAAAGCACAUUUACCAAAGGGAACUAUCCCAGUUAUAUAUAUUUAAUUGUUCUAUGUACUUUUUAUUUUAUUUUCUCUGUCUUGAUUGUGCUGUAAGUAAUCCUCUAGAAUUAUGAGAACUGCGCCACUUGUAAACGACCACUUAUAAAGAGGACAGUUGUGUCCGAUCGACGGAAGGAACAGUUUGUCUUUCUGUGGUGUGGGUCAGCUGAGUGGGACUGUGCAGACCACGGAUGAACUUGCUACCUAAUGUUUUUCCAUGGACGGAUUAAAUUACGAGACGUCACCAUAGUCAUUUGCGUGCUUGAAUUUCACUAGAAUAACAAUUGCAUAGCAGUUGUGAACUAGCCCUGAAUAUUAAUUCCACCCAAGCACUAUAAUUAAUUUCCUGUGUGCACGAAUGAUAAAUUGUCCUUUUUACCCUUCAACUGCAGUUUGCUCAGUGAAUUACCUUGAUUUGUAUUCAUUAGGUGUAGCUAGUUAUUGAACCUGACACUUACUUGAACGAAUUAGGUUGUUUCCUUUAUUGGACUGCUUCCCCCCAUGAGCUUGAUAAGGUUUUCAAGCCCUACACAAAACAGUACUUUAUAUGUUAGAAUAACAUCCUUUCUACUCCGGGUUUAUGCUGCCUAUGAUAUACUCGAACACCUAUGAUUGGGAUAUUUCAAGGCAAGAAAUAAGAAAUAAUAAUACUGGUAAAAAAAAAGGAAAAAAAAAAAGGUUUUCCAGUCUAAAUUGCAGUCCUCUAUACCAAGAGACAUGUAUCCCUUGAAAGCAUUUUAUAAUUGUUGACAUAACCAGUUUAUGUUUUUCUGCCGUAGGUUUUUUGUUUCUCUCGUUUGUUCAUAUGUUGAAAUUCUUUCACAAUGCGUUGCUGUUCAUUUGCCGGGAUUCGCUCUUCGGUGGUGCUAAAGACGAUUCUGUUAUUUUAUUUUUAUUUUGUGUGUGUGUGUGUUACUAUGUUUGUGUGUCUCUGUGGGCAGGAUUAUGGGACUAGAAAGUGAGAGGGUUAUUGCUCUUUCAGCAGAAUGCAAUGCCCUCGGGGCUGGGAGCUGGUCUGUUUGUUUGGGGUUUUUUUGCACAUCUUCUGGCCGAUUGUGCCAACUUUUACGGGGGCAGUGAAAUGAGGUUAGGAACAGUUCCAAGCAAUGUGGCUGAAAAGAAAAAUUUAAACAAACUUAAAUCCAUUUUAUGGAUAGAUAGCACCUUUCGUACUGGCUUAUGUAGACAACACCAAAUGAGCGAUUGCGGCGUCAAAUGCAUUUUAGUAAUUCCAGCGUUAUUGCAUAACUUUGAAUCAAAAUUGUGUCACACAGCAGUAAAGUGACCUUUUAUAGUGUCGUGCCACCAUUCACUGCAUGUGGAGCAGCUCCUGGAUUGGUUUUUAGUUAUUACGGAGUGCCCGUGUUUGACUUAACAAAUGGAGGUGUGUAUAUAUUACAGAAAUGACACAUGCAUGUAAAUUCUAUUUUAUGGUUGAUUUUCCCUUCAGCAAAUUGAAUUUCCUAAUGCUCCAACUACCUCCGCUGACUCGAAUGGUAGACUGCGUAUCUGGACGUGUAAUUCUGCUAUUCACUCCCGCUGUUCUGUUUGUUUCAUUUGAACGGGAAAGUUAUUAACUCCUCUCAUCCUGUCCCAUCAUGCACUGCCCCUCCUGUGUAUAGUGUUUGUAUUUUAUAUUCUGUACAGAUGUUCUGAGGACUUUAUGAGCAAUAGCCGGUUGCCCGGAUGAAAAACAAAUGCAUUUGUCAAAAGUUGAUGUGCAAAUAAAAAUAAGAAAUCA